AUGAUGUCCAGGGUGGCUCAUGGCAUUGCUUUAAGUAAGCGGUUAAGACUUCUGAUGCACGGGGUUUUAGCAAAAUGCGGACCAAUCAACAAUCGACUACUUUUGAAAUCGUGGGCGCGUGCAUCUAGCAGCCCACCAACGCUAAGUAAAGCGCACAAUGUUUUCGAAAUGGAACACUUUCCCCUGGUUUCUAUAUCCAAUGAAAAAGUUCUUAAUUAUGAAGUUGGGUCCGCAGAGCGGAAAAGCCUAGAGCACGAGCUUUUAAAUGUACUCAAUAAGGUGGAGCGUGUGCCGAUCUUAAUUGACGGUGAAAUCUAUAGUGGCAAUCGAGAAACUAAUCAGGCUAUACCCUUUAAUUGGAAGCAGCCGAUUGCCCGUUAUGAACAAGCCCAUCGAGUGCUCAUCGAAUUGGCGGCUGAAAAGACGUCACGGGCCCAAGAAACGUGGGAUAAAAUCAAGCUUGGCAAACGAAUGGCCAUUUGGAACAAAGCAGCAGAACUUAUCGCUGGAAAAUAUAGAUUCAAGAUUAUCGCUGCCACCAUGCUUGGCCAGGGUAAAACGGUACGUCAAGCAGAACUGGAUGUCAAUCCGAUCUUUCUCCGUAAUCUGGCCAACUACGAACCGCUUAACGAUCAGCCUGAGGUAUGUCGCAAUCAUAUGCGACUGCGCGGGCUGACUGGAUUCGUGGCUGCAAUAAGUCCCUUCAACUACACUAGUCUGGCCGCUAAUUUGGCUUUUACUCCGGCCCUAAUGGGUAACGCUGUAAUGUGGAAGCCAUCAGAUUCAUCGAUUUUAUCCAAUUGGUUUGUGUAUCAGGCCAUGCAGGAGGCAGGCUUGCCAAGUGGAGUGGUUAACUUUAUUCCCGCUGCAGCCACUGACUUUGCCACCGUGAUCACACAACAUGCCAAGUUGGCGGGAAUUCAUUUCACUGGCACUGCGAGUGUGCUGAAGGUCCUCUGGCAACAGGUCGCUCAAAAUAUUAGUGUAUUCAAUAACUAUCCCCGUCUUGUGGGCGAUUGUGGUGGCAAGAAUUUCCAUUUUGUACAUGCGUCUGCAGAUCCGGCGGCAGCUGUAGCCUGCACCAUACGUGGAGCUUUCGAGUAUGCCGGCCAGAAGUGUACCUCUUGCUCAAUGCUGUAUGUUCCCGAAUCACUGUGGAAGAGCCAAAUCAAAGAGUCCCUUCUGAAGAUCACCAAAACUCUGUUUGUCAGCGAUGCAACCUAUUGUGACUGCUUUUACUCGGCUGUAAUUGAUAAGAAUGCUUUCAAACGAAUUCAAAUGUUUUUGAAGUACAUAAACGAUAAUCCCACUUGUGAGGUACUGAUGGGUGGCACGUGUUGCAAGAAACAAGGUUACUAUGUUGAUCCAACCAUUGUACAGAUAACCGAUCUAGAUGAUCGCAUAUGCAAGGAUGAGCUACUGGCCCCCAUUCUAUGUGUACAUGUCUAUCUUGACUCUGAAGUUAGACAAACAAUGGAAAAGGUUGCUAGGGUUAAUCACGGAAUAAUUGGCUCUAUAUUUGCAAACGACACACAGUUCAUAAAAGAGGCCAGCGAUACGUUUAAGUUAAAUGUGGGCAAUCUGAAUAUCAAUGACAAAUGCACCGGCUGCACGGUGGGAAAACAACCAUUUGGUGGUGGUCACAUCACAGGAACCAAUGACAAAAUUGGCAGCCCGCAUUCUUUGCUACGUUGGACUUCGCCACAAGUUAUUAAGCAAUCUUUCGUUCCCCACGUCAAUGUAUACUAUCCCUACAUGGAGAUCAGUGAUAGAAUCAAAAAUAUAUGUAAAUUAAAGCAAAGUGAGACGCCCGAGGAACAAAGUAAUGUGCAUAAGGAGCAAAGUGUUGGGCAAUUGGAGCCAAAUGCAGAAUUGCUUAAUGAACAGAAUAGCAACAUAAUUUAAAACGUUAUCUUUUGCAUAUGAAAUUCUUAUGUGUCACAUUUCGCUUACUAUAUGUUGCUGAAGAUUUAGGGUCAGAUAAAUAAAACUUAAAAAAAAUAUUAA